UAUCAUAAAUUAUGAAUUAACAAAUAAAUUAAUUCAUUAUUUGUUAUUUAUAUUUUUACUGUGUAAUAUUUACUAAAUACUUAUUUUAUGUUUAAUCCAUUAUAAUCAUCAAACCAUUGUGUGAUUCUUCUGUUUUUGAUGAUCCUGAAUUUUCUUUAUUCCAAUUCAUAAAUACCAAAAAUUUCGUAAUAAAAGUGAACAAUAGCGCUUUAGCUAGAACCAGGGUUAUGGUUUUUAAAAAUAAAAUUAUUAAUGAUACACCUGAUAUCAAAGUGGUGCCAACCAUUAAAUUUAUGGACGUUUUCUUUUUUUUAUAUUUCUUUCCUCUUCCUGCAUUAUCACAUAGUUAUGUAAAUUUCAUUUAAUUAAUUAAAUAAUUAUAUUAUGCUAUUACCUUCGAUGAAAUCAAUGUCACUUUUGUUAUUACAUGCUACAAAAUCCAGCGUGAAUAAUUUUGUCGAUUUGAAAUCAGUAUAACUGGCUAAACAUGAAUUUUUUUCGUCAUGCAUGAUGCUAACAAAAUAAUACAACCAGAGCAAAAGUAGACCUAUAUACUUCAUUGUUUUAUUUAUAAUAAAAUAACUUUAAAUGUAGAGUAAAAAUAUUAUGAUAUUUUGUUUUUUGUUAUGUUAAUCAGUCAUCACUUAUUUUUUUGUGGUUUGAGGUGUCAUGCGUGUUCGAACAUUUAGGCGAUUGAAAGUAAAUGGAUAUCAAACUAUAGGUACCUUAAUUCCAAAUAUUUAAGAGCUAAAUUAAAAAUUCGAAAGUCACAUAUAAAUAACAAGUGCGACAUCCAUUAAGUUCAGUUCAAUUUCAGUUUACAAUAUGUUCCUAAAGUUGUAUUUUGUUUUUACACUUCUUUUCCUAACUGAAGUAUUCGGUGAUUCUGUAAAUCCCUCUAACCUUCACGCUUCAUGUAUAAAAAACUACAGUCCAGGAGUAUGCUUGAUCAAAAAUUUAUUAAAAAACGUUUACAUUUAUUUAAGUCAAUCUAACGAAGCAAAUAAAGAUGUGAAAGUAUCUGAAAAUGCUACAAAGGAGCCAAAAGGCAUCGAAAAUUAUAUAAUAUCACAAAUGCAAAAGGUCUUUAGUUUAUUUUCUUUUGGAUUAGAACUUCCAGAAAUACCAUGGAGCCUACUGAAAGUAUCUUUUUUAGACUCAAGAGGUAAAAAAAACAAAAAUCUUGGACCAAUGAUUGCUGCUGGUGCUGCUGUUAUGUUUGGUACUCUAAUGCCAUUAGCAUUCGGUGCUCUAUUUAUGCUAGCUGGUAAAGCUAUUAUGACUAGUAUGUUGGCCAUUACCAUAUCUGGUUUAUUGGGUCUUAAGUCACUAUUUAGCAAGCAGGAAGGACACUACAAAGCUUACAUGUCAGUACCUGCACCAGUAGCUGGUCACUACUCUGAACAAUACGAACAAGAAGAAUUAUACAAGGGACAGACGGAAGCUAAGAUGCAUUCUGGAUUCUACGCUGGUGAAAAUUCUGCUCUUCAAUCAGCAGCCGGAUAUUACAAACGCGAGCAGCAGAGCAAUGGAUCUGAAGUUAAUCCAGAUUAUUAUGGAAUUAAUGUUAAUUAUGAAAAACCAAAACAUAUUAGUAACAGUAGUAACAAAAAUAAUGAAAUUGUUCCUUGACAUUUGUUUUUCGUAAACUGGACUUCUAAAUGUUAAUAUAUUUUCAAUUAUCUUCAUAUUUAUUUAUUUUAUUGUUAACUAUAAAUAUUAUACAAUUCUGAGACACAUGCAUUUAUAGAUGAGUAUUGUAAAAUCAUUAUGCAUAUACAUUUUCAAAUAGUUUUUACAUUAAUAUUACAGAAAUAAUUUUACAAGAAUUAAGUAAUAAUAUUCCAA